AUGCAACUGAGUGCCUUCGACUACCUGCGUCGUGCACUGGAGGCCUUGCUCAGUGGUGCUUCACUGGCGCUAGAGGUCUGUCCAAAGCAUCCCAGGUCAGAGUUCAAUUGCAACAUGAAGUUCUCCCCGCUCACAGCGACCGUCUCCGCUGUGGACAUCGUCCAGGAUGCCGUCAAUGGCGUUUUGGUGAAGCUCAAAGCGGCCUUGCCGGCGCCCAGUGGGCAGGACGCCAGCAUGCCCUUGCGGCGUUGCCUUGCCGAGCGGGUGGAGGAUGCCGAGGAUCGCUUGCCGCAGGCCUCCUCUCUCUUAGUGGUGGCAUCAGUGCCACUGCUUUCCUUGGACUUCUGUGGGCGACUCUUCAACGUCACGGCGCGAGAGCUCCUGUCAGUGGUGCCGUAUACUGGGGACCUGCCCUUCACUUCUCCAACGGAGCUGUUUGCCGCGAGCGGAGAGCAGCGCCACGUCUACCUGGAUGUGGGCAAGGGCCUGUCCUUUGUCGGCCCCUUCGCCAGCUAUGUGUCCAGAAGCAGCAGCGACACAGUGACCUUCACAGCCGGAGACCAGGUGAUUCAGCUUCAGGCAGUUCAAGAGAUGACCUUGCGGGCGGCGAAGGCAUUGCCUCAGGAGAACCAAUGCAGCUCUGCACAAAAACUGGAGAUCUCCUUUGCUCAUCGAACGCAGGACUGGAAUAGUCGUGAUUUGCAUGUAUGUCAGCCAGACUGCAGGCUCUAUUCGUGUGACUACGGCUUUUGUGAAAUGGCAUCCCCGGGCUUCUGGGGAGAUGGCGAGACCCACCAGGCUUGCGACCUUGUCACCGGCAACUACUACUUUUAUGCCUGGCAAUGGCCGAACAGCAGCUGUCCAUUUCUGUGUGAGGAGGCAGAUGACCGUCCUGUGGGUCGAUCGUGCCAGAGUGAAGUGGGCUACUGGUCACCGGUCUGCAAUAAUACUUGGCACGCCUGCGACCUUCCCACCGGCAUUUCAGCCUCGCAGUUUAGCUCCGUGGCCAACUUCACCACCACGGGCCGCGGCGCGGCCGACGGCUGCGAGAUCACCUUGGCCUUCGUGGCGGCCAAGCCACCGGCGCAGAGCUUUGCGGUUGCAGCGCUGGCCCCACCAUUCACAGUGGAAGCCUUUGUGAACAUGACCUUGGAUGCAAUUCCAACAGGAGAAUCCAGUGUCAGCAGCAUGGCUGUUCUGUUUGGCAGCUUUCCCUCCUGGUACUUGGCUCUCCGGCGCGUUAGUGCAGGACAAGCGCAGCUGGUCUUCUACCACAGUCGACUGACCUUGGCCUCUCACAUCAGCGCAGAGGACAGCACCAUCUCCUCCAGCUCCUUCUCCUGGGACAACGCCCGUGAGCCCUGGCGGCAUGUAGCGGUCACCGUGACGCAGAAUGUGGCCUUCCGGCACAACAUCUUCUUCUACGUGGACGGCACCUUCAUUUCCUCGGGCUAUCGCAGUGUGGCCGCCAUGGACAUUUUGGAAGCGCCCUACAUCAUCCCUGAGCAUCGGGACGUCUUCCAUGUAGGGCCGGUGAACAUGAAACGUUUCCCUGAAGUCUUGAGCUCUGGGCGACCCUACUACGACCUGGCGAUGUACACCGCCCAAUUGGACGAAGUGCGAGUGCAUCAGGAAGCGCUGGACACCCUGACCUUGGGCUUCCAAAUCACCGAGCUUCGGCGCCUGGCGGCCUGCAACACGCCCUACGAGCAGCGAGACGGCUCGGCGUGUCAUGCGCGGCCCAGGCUCACGCCGCCGAACACCACGCUGGAGCAGACGCAAUGUCGGGCUGGAUAUGAGCAGUGCCACCAAAUGCCGGGCAUUUGCAUGGAGGAGUGCACAGGCAACUUGCUGCGACAAGAAGAUUGUUCCUGCGACUGUGCUCCCAGCUACUUCCAGACCUGGCUGAUAAGUGCGGUGCAUCUCACUGGCUCGGGCGACGUGAAGAACGCCACGGUCUACGACGCAGAUCAUCACAUCCUGGGGCAGCUGGGCUACGUCACGCUGCCCCGGAGGAUCGCCUUGGCGGAAGCGGCGCAGGUUGCAGUGGUCGAGGUUUGGGGCGGCGCCUCAGCGACCAGUGUCUCUUUGGAGGUGGAGACUCCGGCUCCUGAGAGCUUGCGCCUGGCGGUGCCGGAUCUACGACUUGUCUUGCUACUCCAGGCUGACCGCCCCGCCUUGUUGCAUCACCGCUUAGCUCUCGACUACGACGACCCCACGCUCUCCUGCGCACGAUGCCCGGGGGAGGCCCCACGCUCCGUGUUGCCACGGAGUGAUACGAUGAGUUGCCGAUGUGCCUCUGGCUAUGGCGCAAACCUCUUGGGCAAGUGCGUACCUGCCGGUGGACCGUUGCAGGCACCGGUCAUCAGCCUAGCGAAUGGGACAUACCACACGGCCGGAACACGUGUACGCAUGUCCUUCCCGCCCCAGGAUGUGGAGGGGCCUUGGUUGUUGGCCAUCCGCUAUGAGUACGGAAGCCUCCCCGAUGCGCCGAAUUGCGAUACAUCACCGAAGUACGAGGAGUUGCAGGGUGAUGUGCCUGGCCUCGACAUCAUUAGGCGUCAAGAGUCAGUGAAGCUCCGCGCGGUUCUUUGUCAUCCGUUGCACCAGAUCUCCUUGGAAAGUGUGGUGGAGUUGCACGGCAAUGACCACAUGAACCCACCACGAUGUGUAGCUUCUGGGAACCUCUCCACGGAGACGACCUAUGCCUUGCAGGUUCAGGUCGAGUUGCUCGUUGAUCAGCAGCCAGAUGCCAGCAUUUUCUAUGAGCUCGAGGGGUCCAGCAGCCCAGUGACCUACACGGCGCCUUUCGUGCUCACCACGCCGGGCUUGGUGACCAUUAGUAGCUGGGCAGAGAAGCCUGGUUUCGACCCGAGUAGCCGCACCAGCUGCAGCUAUUGGAUCGAUGGAGCAGCGCGGUUAACAUUGAGGGCUACCUGGCCAGAGCCCUCGCCUUUGCUGGGCUUUAGCAGUACUGAGGGUGCCUUCUUAGUGGAACGAGACCUCGAGACCUUGGCCUUUCUGCUGGAGGUGCCGGGCGUCACCGACACUUCGUCGCUGCAGCUCCAAUACCGACUCUGGCGUGGCCUUUUGGGCGUUGGAAGCUGGCAAGCCGUGCCCUCUGGAGGUGCCAUGCACCUGAAGCUCUCAGAUCACUUGGAGGCAGCCAACACAACCACUCUGUUGCAGGUGGACUGGCGGUUAAAGGAGCCAGGAUAUGUUUGGACGAAUCCAGGCUACGUGCGGGUGCUGAUCAUCAAGACACGUACCGAGGUGCCGAGCAUCCAUGCGGAACCGCUGGUGCUGUGGCAACUGGGAGAUCACUGGUUUGAGGGUCCCAAGCGCGACGUGGCUAUGAGACAGACCCACACGGUGCAGCUUUUGCAGCCGAACCCGGCUGCACGGGUGCUCUUCUCGAUCCGCUCGGAAGUCGGACAGCCGGAGGUGAAACGCGGCCGGGCCAUCGACGUGGAAAAGCUCACAGCUCCCCACUGCCACUUCUCAGGCGCAAUGCUGGAGCACUUCCGCUCCAGCGUACCCAAUGCGGGUUUACAGCCGGAGGAGAUGCCAAAUGCAUGUGGGGGAACUGCGCUGCAGCUCUUGGCAGUGGAGGUCCCAAAGCUUUGCGAUUACCUGGGGCCCUUUGAGGUCCUGGGCGGCGCCGUGGUCACGGCCUAUGCAAUCGUGGCAGGGCAGCUUGAGAGUCCAGCGGCCACACUGCUUGUGCCCAAAGAACUUGAGCCCAGCGUAGAGGAUCUCACCUUCCGUGCCUUUCCUGAGGCCGAUGAUGUGUCUGGGAACGUGCUGACCAUCACGCCACAGCUCCAGGUGUUGCCAUCAGUGUCAAGUUUUUUGAGCUUUUCGGUGGGUCAACCAGAUGCUGAGCGGCAAAGCUGUGUACUCGCAACUCCCUACAGUUACCUGUCCACUAUCAACAGCAGCAAGUUCAUCAAAGACUGCAGCUGGCUUCCUUACAAUGGCCCUCGAAAGCUCUACUUGGAAACCCUCUUGCAGGAGGCCCCAGCGGCGGCGCUGACGCUGAAUGUGACGAUCCUCACCACUGUGAGGCGUCCAGGGUAUUUGUGGUCAUUCCCUUUGGCGAGCACCGUUCUGUGGCUCCGCGAACGCACGCCCUUGCCCAAAGUGGUCCAGAUCCUGGAGCCUGGCGCGGUGAUGCCCAAAGCCAUGGUGUGGCUUCAGGAGGGCCAGGCAGCAGAGUGCUUCUUCACGUUGCACUAUGAGCCGUUGGAGCUGAGCGAUGUGCCAUCUCCAUUCUUGGUGGAGGUGCCUGCGGUGACCGCCAGCGUCGCCAGCAUCGAGGAAGCCUUUCGUCCCACGGCCUACCGCACGGCGCUCCAUGGGCCUGACAUGUGGAGGAGACGACUUGAGCGAUCGGACGCGCACCGAACGGAGCGGUCAGGGCAUCGCACGCGACGAAUUGGAGCGAUCGGACGCGAACCGAACGUAGCUCCUGAAGCGAGAUGGACACCUAGCAAGGCUAGGGGAAUGGGUUGGGAACAGAUUCAGAUGGUUUUGACACAUGUUCACUCUUUUCAAGAAAGAUUGGUAUUGGAACCCACAAAACGAAGGCUCACAAAAGAUGGUCUUGUCAUUGCAGUGGCCCCAUCAAAUAGACGCCCACCACGAGUCGUCUAUAUCAUAGGUGGACACGUUUGGAUAUACAAGAUGAGACAAAAACCCUGUGCAAAACGUUCUUUGAUACCUCAUGGUUUGUGUGAUCCCUCAAAAAACCCAUGA